UACGUCAGAUAACUAUACAUACACUUGUAUUAUUACGUGGAACAUGCUCCAAUCUCAGCCCGUGUAUGGGCAUACGGACGACGGUAACUACUCCGUACAGAAUUAUUAUUAAAUACAUGACAUUGGAAAGUUCAUGCAAGCACGUAUAGGCAAUACCAGCAAUACCAAUACCAAGCCCUCUGCCAAUCUCAUCUGCAAUCUUGCAACCUCAACCUCUCCCGCUUGGCUCGACACGGGCAACGUGGGUUCGGAGCUUGUUCAUCUUUCUUUUUAGUCCAACCGCCGCCCUGUUUUCGGCUUUCUUUCUCCCGCUCGUCAACCUCGUUUUUCCUGUCUACAUCAAAAGUGCCAUCCUACUACGUUAACUUAUCAAAAUCGAGCUUCUGUAUUUGGGUUCGUCGCCUCCCAGUUCGUCUAGGCCCAUAUUCUGCCGUUCCCCGCCCCGACCUUCGUUACUUUCCGGAGACGAAACCCCGGUAUAUAUUGAUUUGGUAGCUUCAGGCCUGGUUUCCUGGAUAAACAGGAGGUGAUUUGCGGAAUUAGCUGGAUCUGAUCAGCGAUAAUUCCGUCCCUCCACUCCAGCUUGGAUUGAAUUCCCUCGCUUUCUACAUAAAUCUCGUGCAUUUUUAUCUCCCACUGUUGCCAAUAUCAAUCAACGAACAAACUUAGGCGUCCGGCCCCACAGCCGCCCAAUUUCAAAGCGCCCGUUAUUACUUUGGUACCUUGCCGUCCUUUGAUCUUGAUCAGGUCCAAAUCCUCCUGCAGGGAAGGAGGAGAAAGGCCUGCAAGAUACAUUUUGAAAGGGUGUUUGCUUCCUUACUCUCUCUCUCUCUUUCUUUUCCUUUUCCUUUGUUGUUUUAUUUUCCUUUGUUGUUUUAUUUUGUUUUAUUUUGAUUUUGAUUUUCCUUUUUAAGAGAUAGUCUAAUACUCCUUUUGAUUUGAUCCGAGAUAUCUCCUCCUGCGCCUAGAAGACUUGAGCAUUGUGUGACGUUGGAGCUCAGCAGCUAAGUAGCUUUGCCUGGCCCCUUUUGAGGUCAUUGCGCAAACAGGGAAAUUGUUCGACAACAGCUUGCGGCAGCACUUUAGGCGGUCUCCGGAGAUUAAAGUGAAGUCUCUGAAGAGCAUACUUUGUGUGAAUUUGUUGGGGGGCCAUAGAAUACGUGGAUGGUUGUGCUGGUGUGAUUCCACCUAGGAGGUCGACGAAGUCAGUACCCAAAACAUACCGCAGGCAAAAUGGUCACAGGGGAGGCGGGCAGGCAUUGGCCCGUCUAUGGAGUUUCAGGUUCAGCAACAGCGCCAUUUCAGUCACCGAGACGGGAAGCGGACGGUGUCAAGGAGCACGGGAACAGUUUACAUCAUCAGAGCGAUGCACAUAGAGAGUCGUUACCGUCUAUUGGCCAGCUGGAUUUAGAAACCGCCAAGAGUGACCGUCAACGGAGCAGCGCUCAAUUCCCACCAGGCGCGGCGGGAUUGUCUGUUUCAACUGCACCGCAAGUCAAUCCGACAACUGUUAAUCAUCCGGGUCACCACUCUUAUAAUUAUUUGUCGUCUGCCGGAUCGGCGCAGGUCUCUCCUACCGAUACAAGACACCCCGGGGACGAAGAUAAGGACCAGAAAUCGCCCAACCAAACUCUGCAUACCAUUCAACGGCAAUCUCUCCCUUCAAUACAUGAAGCAUUAGGUAGCGACACUCUACCCUAUUCUCACACAGCUUCGUCUUCCUCUAACCCAGGACAACCCCCUGUAUCAUCUGCCAUGCCGUCAAAUAUCGUUGCCCGCCCAGGUGCAGAGGGACCUAGUGGCCCUCCCAAUCCAUUUUUAACCUCAACAUUAUUCCUAAGGGAUAAUCCAUUCAGCGCACAUUCGAGCGCCCAGAGCGGACCACCUCAUCCUGAAGGGCAGCGAUCGAGUUUUGCGUCAACGCAAUCCCAGGGUUCUCGCAAUCCAUCAAUCCCAUCCCUAAGCUCGGGGAAGUCACCAACUCAAAGCUCUAAAACAGGGACACCCUCCCUGACAAACUCCCAAAGUUCCAGCUACGAGUUCAGUGGACCAUCUUCUGCAGGGGCGAUGUCGUCUUCUAAUAACUAUCCUCCAUACUCUCAACCAGCACCAUUUGGCGCCCACGCUCCCAACGGCCCACCUUCGCUACAAUACCAUACUGCGCCCUAUGAAUCACGGUCAGGUUUUGUUCCCCCUUGGAACCAAAACGGUAUCGAUCCAGCCCGCAUCGAGGAUAUGCAACAAGGGGUACGGGUUACUAAUGGCACUACCGCACCUCAUAGCGAGUCUGUUAAACGGCAACUGGACGGAUAUGAUGUUGAAUCGUCCUAUCUCGAGAUUGUCGAAGGCUGUAGCAGAGUAGCUGAGUUCGCAAGCCACUUUGGUGCCAAAGCUCACCAGAGUAAUCGGCCGGGGCCAGUUGUGGGAUUGAUACCGCAAUUGGCGGAGAUUGAUGAUCUGGUACUGACGCUCCGUCGAACAUCUGAUGCUCUGGCUAGAAUUCGGAGUCUGGCUGUUGAACAGGUUCUAGCGGAGCAGCAGGCAGAGCAACGAGCUCAGGGACCAGUUUACAAAACUAACGGCAUCCGUAAGGAAGGACAACCGCCUAUGUAUCGGGAAGAUUUUAAAGGAGGGGGUGGAUUUGCCGGCGGUGAUACUAAGAAGCGGCGAGGGAAAGCUGCCCCUCCUGGCCGAUGCCAUAGUUGUAAUCGAGCAGAAACUCCUGAGUGGAGACGCGGACCAGAUGGCGCUCGCACUCUUUGCAACGCUUGUGGCCUACAUUAUGCAAAACUUACUCGGAAGGCCGGCAAUAAUAAACCCUCCUCGCUGGGCCCAAAUCUCAGACCUAAAAACAGUGUGGAUUCUCGAUCAUCAACUCGUUCUUAGAUGCUGGUAUAUACAUAUACUCGCCUACCUUAUAAUGUGUACUCUUAGUACCGAAAAAUGGAGUUAGGGUUUGGGAUUUAUUAUUAUUACUAUUAUUAUUUACUAAAAACUUCUGAUAUAUAUCCAUAGGGAUAGACCUGAUUGGCGUUAUUUAGCUUCCGUGUCCUUGCUUUGUUUUUAGCAAUAUCCAUUCCUCCUUUCUGCAUCGGUGAAGCCAAAUUGUGAAUUCACCUACAGCCUGUGUGCCUGUUUACCUCUGCUCUCUACUUCUUAUUUCUUUCUCUACUCGUCUUGGGUCGGUCUUUUGCUUGGAUUGUGAUGCGUCAGUUAUUACUUUUACUUUGGGGUUCCGGAUCUUCAAGCUGGGAGGUAGUAGCGACGUUGCUUUUGAUAUUUCUUUCUUUCAUUUCUUUCUUUCUCAUUUUGAAGGCCACUGUUGUUCCAUCGGAUAAAUUAUUUACGUUGUCAUGCAAUUGCUGUUCUAUUCUAUUGGUAGAUUCUAGCCGAAACGUUUGGUGGAAUGUGGGUAACGAGAGAAAUUUCAACAGCCAUUGAUUGAUCUUCUUCUUGGUUUCUUGUAAAUUUUUAUUUCCCCUCUCCUUUUGUCUCUUCCCGCCCUACCCGGCUCAAUUCUUGCUAGGAAAUUAGGCACUCGGCUGCAAUAUCAUUGACAUUUGAUUAUCGAUGAAUGGAGACCCAAUGUAAUGUAGCUAAGAUGAAGCCCUUGAAAGCGAGGUUUUCCGUGGGCUUGAGAGCUUUUUUUUUUACCAUUUUAUUCGAGCCAACAAUAGAGAAUAUUCGUAGAACACACAAAAAGCUAGAAAAGAUUCACCUAGGAAUUCUGAUAGGGGAUGCUCUCU